AUGCAGAACGAGAAACGACAGUCGGUGCCGCAGCGCAAGCCGGUCGGCGGGCAUCCUCAGGUCCCGGCACCACCUUCGCAGACCACACCACCACCCCCAGGGCAGAUCCUGACGGGGAGGCAGGAACACUACCUCAAACGCGAACUCAUUGCCCACCAAGUCCGCACCGAGAUCGCCGAACUCAACUCCCCAACCGCCCUGCACCGCUUCGGCGCCCCCUUCAAAUCGGAAUACGGCGAAGUCGCCCCCAUCGACUCCGAACUCCCCAUCCUCCGCUACAUCUUCGUCCACCAUGUCCGCAACUUCCCGUUCCUCGACCAAGCCCGCGAGCAGGAAUUCUGGCAAGACAAACUGCAGAUCUUUCUCGAGUCCUUUGCGAACAAACACGUCUCCUCGUCCGAGGACCGACUUGAAGAGACCAAGAGACGGAAGCUGGCGAGGAAAUGCGAGAAGCUGGUGGAGUUGAUGAUGGUGUCGGGGAUUCCGACGGCGUCGGGGUAUGAGGAGCGGAUACAGUUUUCGGAGAUGGAGGUUGUGGAUCGCGGGGCGAAUGAGAAUGGGAUUCUGGCGAAUGUGCCCGAGGGGCAUGCGAUUCAUGGGUGGGAUGUUAAUGUUGCAGCUGUGAGGGUUAGGUCUGUCCGACGAACAGUGAGGCAUCAUCAGCAUGCUGAAUUCAUCAUUCGUGUUCACCGGGAAGGGCAGUCUGAUUUGUUCGUUGGCAGGCGAUAUGGCGAUUUCUCAAAGCUUUAUAAACAACUGCAGACUGAGUUCCCUGGAAAGCCGCUCCCUACGCUCCCACGGAAGAACAAAUCGUCUUCGACGACGAGCUGGUGGGGCUCGUCGACGCAGGAUGACGAUGUCUCGUCUAUUUCGUCGUUCUCUAUGCAGGAGGUCGGCAUCACUCAGGAGGAAAACCGGUCUUCUCGGACGUUGGCUCCUGGAAACCACCACAGCCACCACCGGUCGUUGUCUCGCUCGUCCGGUCGAUCUGGGAGGUCGUCUCUUGGGAGGUCAAAGUCGCCUAGGCCAUCCAGUGAUGAGUCUAGGGAGACGGUGCUGUACAGAGAGGAGCAGCGUGUUUCUCUGCGCGCGUUCCUGCGUACGCUUCUCCAGCACAAGCGGUUGUCUGAGUCGAAGGCGAUGCAGGAGUUUCUGACAGGAGAGCCUAUUUCUUUGACUGAGGAUGAUUUGGUUGACAUCCAGAGACGCAAGGAGGUUGAUUCUGUUAGGAUCGAGGAGCAGAAGCGGUUCUACGAGAUUGCUAGACAACGCGCUGCUGAAUUGGAUGUUUACAUGGAGAAUUUCCGUCGGGAUAUCGUGGAGAGCAAUGGCUUGACCAAGCUUUUCGCUGAGAUUCGUGAGAAGCAAACUGUCGCCGAUCUUAGUCCUCAGUAUCAGAAGUUUGCUGAGUGGCUUCGUAUUGAGAUUGCUGCGACUCUGUAUCACCUGUUCUUGGCCGAAGACAACUCUCCUGAGCUGUUUGCGCAGUUUAAGCGGAUACAUUCGCUUGUUCCGUAUACUAUCAUGAAGAAUGUGAUCCGUGUCGCUAACCCUGCGGCUGUGAUGUCUGGUGUGCUGGAUAUCUUCUUGGCGCAGCCAUUUGGAUCACGGUCUCUUCUGCAGCGUAUAUUCUCGAUGACUUUGAACGAUGGCAUCAAGUCUUUCCAGAAGUCGAUUGAUGCCCUGGCCGCCAAGGUUGAGGAUCCCAUUCUGUGCCAGAAGUUGAAGGCCUUUACCGACGCAGACGAAGACGCCAAGAACGAGAUUCGUUCCGAAGCAACAGCAGAAGACGUCGAUCUGAUUGUGGCGAUCCUCCGCUCCGAACUGCUCACGCCCGAGCUCACACCCGAACAAUUCGAGCGCGUAUUCAACGGCUACGUCGCCUGGAACUACGCCGUCGAAAACGUCGACCAAGAAAUGCGCGAAGGCGCCCACUGGUUCGCCAACAUGAAACAACUCCUCAAACUCUACACCCGCCAACGCGACAAGGCCAUGAUGCUCAGCAUCGUCGAGGAACCCGUGACUCUUCAAUUAUUCCGCGAUCUGUUCACGAUAUUCUACGAGCCCCUCGUCCGCGUCUACAAAUCCGCCAACGUCUACAGCAGCAUCACCGACUUCGCGCACUUCGCCGAUGACGCCAUCGCCGUCAUCGAAAAGUGCCAGAGCCAAGACGCCUCUGCUGACCCCAACCAAACCGUCCAAGCCUUCAUCGACCUUUGCGAGCGCCACCAGGACAACUUCUACAAAUUCAUCCACGAAGUGCAUCUGCAUGAUAAUGGACUCUUUGGGUCAUUGAUGUCGUGGAUCGAGGGUAUCUUGGAGUUCCUGCGCCACGGGCCUAAUGGCGGGAAAUUAGAUAUGAAUGCUCUGAUCCAGGGUGCCGUUGAUGUGGGACAAGUCGAUAAGAACAAGGCGCUGGGGGAAAUCAAUUCGCUCAUCCAGUGGCAUGAGGAUCGCAAGAGGUGGCAUUUGAACAAAACACGGCAGAAGAUGGCUGCGGAAGGCACUGGCGCCGAAGGAUUCCCAAGUGGAAGUUUCAAGACAAGUGAUUUUGGUCUUGAUGAGGCCGAUCUAGAAGACCUCGCCAUCUCCGACGCCGGCUCUGAUGACGAAGACCCCGAAGAAGCAGACGAGCGCGAAGAUCUGGAUCCCAUUGCGGCUGAGCGCAGACGCAGGGUUAAGAAGCAGGAUCAGCUGAGACGGACGGCGGGGGAGCCGGUGAAGCCGGAGGUUAGGGAGGUGGUGAAGUUGAAGGAGUCGUUUGGGGUUAUGUUGAGGUUAGUUUUGGCGGAGUAG